UACUGAUACAACCACCACUGAUACAACCACCAGCACUGAUACAACCACCACUGAUACAACCACCAGCACUGAUACAACCACCAGCACUGAUACAACCACCAGCACUGCUGAUACAACCACCUCCGCCACUGCUUCCGUCACUACCACCACAUCGACCAGCACCUCUGGGACCACCACCACCCCUUCGACCACAACCACCACCUCGACAACUACCACAACCACCACCACAACCACCACCACCACCACCACUCGCGGCACCACCACCACCGCAGGGAUUUGCCUCAACGGCGGCUCGUGGGUGGACGGGCAGUGCCAGUGCCCCCUCGGCUUCACCGGAUCCCGGUGCCAGGACGUCAUGAACACCAUCCCGACCACGCCUGAGGCCAACGGGACGGUGCGGGUGGAUCUUCGCGUCGUCAACCGCAACUUCACCGAGGACCUCAACAACAGCAGCUCCCCCGGAUACAAGGAGUUCGUCCGGAACUUCACCGAGCAGAUGAACGAGGUCUACAAGACCAUCGAGGGCUACCGGGGCAUCGAGGUGCAGCGGCUCAGCCCCGGCAGCGUGGUGGUCCAUCACAGCGUCAUCGUGGCCCUGCCGGUGACCACCCAGAGCCAGGAGAAGCUCCACAACGUCACGGCCGACCUGCAGCAGAAGGUCGAGGUGGCGGUGACGCAGUUCAACUGCGAAGACGAGUUGUGCUUCACCUCCAACGUUUCGGUCACCGAAGUCCAGCGGGAAUUCAACGAGGGAGCCUAUUGCCAGAGCGAAGUGCCCGAGGGAUACCGGGAAUUCUUCUUCCCCAACCUGACGAGCUCCGGGUUGAUCUGCAUGUCCAACUGCACGCCGGACACCACCGGCACCAUCGACUGCAACCGUGGGACGUGCCGGGUCACCAGGAGUGGCCCCCAGUGCUUCUGUGACGAGACCAACCUCUACUGGUACCAAGGCAACCGUUGCGCGUCGCGGGUCAGCAAGUUGGGCGUGGGCUUGGGCGUGGCCGUGGCCGUCCUGGCCGUCACCGUCGCCGUCCUCGUCGUCUUCCUUGUCCGGGCCAGGAGGUCCCACCUGUCCCACGGGGACCAGAAGAUGUUGGAGCAGUGGUACCAGGACACCAGCGAGGAGUGGGACCGCCCGGGGAGCAUCACCUUCCACAACCUAGGCGCUCAACUGGAGGAUGACUACGCGCUCGACCACGGUGCCAUGGAGCUGCCGGCGCCGGCGCGGCGGCGCCGGGAGCGCCGGGGAGGUGAUCGACGCCGCGGUGUCAUCGCCAUCGUCAUCGUCAACGCCGACAUCGUCAUUGGCGGUGGCGUCAUCAUCAUCGUCAACACCGACGUCAUCAUCAUCGUGAAGGUCAUUGGCAUCAUCAUCAUCAACGCCGACAUUGUCAUCGGCGUCGGCGGCGUCGGCAUCAUCAUCGUCAACACUGACGUCGUCAUCAUCGUGAAGGUCAUCGAUGCCGUCGUCGUCAUCACCACCAUUGUCGUCGUCAUCAUCGCUGUCAUCACCGUCACCGUCAUCGUCACCAUCAUCAUCGUGAAUGUCAUCAACACCAUUAUCAUCACCAUCAACACUGUCAUCAUCACCAUCAACAUCAUCAUCACCAUCAACACCAUCAUCACCAUCAACACCGUCAUCAUCACCAUCAACGCCAUCAUCACCAUCAACACCAUCAUCACCAUCAAUGCCAUCAUCAUCACGAAUGUCAUCAACACCACCAUCGUUAUCAUCAUCACCAUCAUCACCAUCACCCUCAUCCCCACCUCCACCACCAUUUUUAGGAUGGUGACCCCAUUUUGA